UCAGACCUUUUCAACGUUGCACUCUCUGAGCUUAGCUGAUCUCAAACAUUGAAGUAUUCAAAGUCAUAAAGUCACCAUAGAUUUGGCCAAAUUGCUCAAGGCCAAUCUCCGUAUAUUUAAUUUCCAUCUGCAGUCAUGCUUUUCGCAAAUUUAUCUAUAUAUAUAGCCGGGGUCCUGAAAUGCAAGCAGACUAAUGGCCAAAUGGCUUCUGUCAAUUUCCUGCUUCCCCUCUUCAUACUGAUACACCUCCUUCCACUAGCUAUAUCCACUACUCCUUGUCAUCCAGAGCAGGCUGCUGCACUCCACCAACUGAAGCGAUCCUUCCUCUUCGACUACUCCAGCACCACCCUCCCUUCAUGGCAAUCUGGCACCAACUGCUGCCUGUGGGAGGGUGUUGGCUGCGACAGUGUCUCUGGCCAUGUCACUGUUCUUGACCUCAGUGGCCGUGGUUUGUACAGCUACAGUCUUGACAGUGCCCUCUUCAACCUCACCUCCCUGCAGCGUCUCGACCUCAGCAUGAACGACUUUGGUGGAUCCCGUAUUCCAGCAGCCGGCUUUGAGAGGCUUUCGGUACUCACACACCUCAAUCUUUCAUACUCAGGUUUCUAUGGCCAGGUUCCCACUGCCAUAGGCAAACUCACAAGUCUUAUAUCUCUUGAUCUAUCCUCAAUUCAUGGCAUUGGUGGAGCCGAAAUAGACACACUCUAUGAUAUUAUGGACAGCUUUAACCUUUUGCUACUACAAGAACCCAGUUUCAAGACCCUCAUGGCAAACCUUACAAAUUUGAGGGAGCUCUACCUUGACGGAGUGGACAUUUCUAGUAGUCGAGAAGACUGGAGCAGAACUCUUGGAAACUCUGUUCCACAUCUUCAGAUUCUUAGCAUGGCGAAUUGCAGGCUUCUUGGCCCUAUCCAUUCCUCCAUAUCAGGUCUCCACUCCCCUAAUGUGAUCAAUCUCAAACUCAACAGAAUUUCUGGCGUUAUUCCUGAAUUCUUCGCAGACUUUUCCAAUUUAAGAGUUCUUCGAGUCAGCUAUAAUGAUUUCAGAGGCUGGUUACCUCACAGAAUCUUUCAACUCAAGAAUCUAACAGUACUGGAUGUGUCAAAUAACAAUCAACUCUCAGGGUAUGUUCCAAAAUUUCCAAAUGGGAGUUCACUGGAGACUUUGAAUCUACUGGAGACUUCUUUUUCUGGUGUCACAAUGAGCAAUUUUGGCAAUCUCAUAUCUCUUGCAGAGCUGGGACUAGAUGGAAGAUCAAUUACUAUGGAGCCCCUGUACUUAUUUGCCAACAAGCUUGACUCUAUUGAUAACUUGCAACUCUCUCUGACAGAUUUUUCAGGGGAGGUAGGUUCGUUUUUCUCAUGGAUUAGACACCUCAAGAGCCUGACAAGCUUGAAACUUUUUGAUUGUUAUUCCUCCAAAAUAAUGCCCUCCUGGAUUGGAAACCUCACACAUUUGGAAAGCUUGGAUAUCAGAUAUUGUGGUUUCACAGGGCCAAUACCAUCAUCAAUUGGAAAUCUCACUAGAUUGGAAUCUUUGACAAUCUCUGACUGUGCAUUUUCUGGUCAAUUGCCAUCUUCAAUUGGCAAUCUCAAGAACCUAAAAUUCCUGCAAAUAUCAUAUAAUGGCUUAUCUGGUCCUAUAACACAAGCAAUUGGAGACCUUGACAAUCUGGCAGUAAUAAUACUCAGAGCAUGCAGAGUCUCUGGAAGAAUACCAAAUGUAAUUUCUAACAUGACUAAGCUGAUUUUCGUGGACCUUUCGCAGAAUGACCUCAUUGGGGAUGUUCCAACAUUUGUUUUCACCUUACCAUUAUUAUUACAAUUGGAUCUUUCAUCGAAUCAACUUUCUGGACCCAUACAAGAGUUUAAUACAGGAUCUUCAAGCAUGAUAAUUGUUGAUUUGAAUGAGAAUAAACUCAACGGAAAGAUUCCUUCAUCAUUCUUUUGGCUCACAAAUUUGGUGCUAUUGGACCUUAGUUCAAAUAACUUGGCAGGUUUGGUAGACCUCAACUCAUUUUGGAGGCUUAGAAAGCUUACUUAUUUGGGUCUAUCAGACAACCAGCUGUAUGUAAAGGAUGGAAAAGACAGCAACUCCACAUCGCCUUUACUACCAAAACUCUAUGAAUUAGAUCUAAAGUUAUGCAGCAUGACUGAAAUUCCUAGAUUCUUGAUGUCUCUUGAUUACAUGAGUAUAUUGGACCUUUCUUGCAACAAGAUCACUGGGACCAUACCUAAAUGGAUACGGGAGAAAUGGGACCAUAGCCUUCAAAGUUUGAAUCUUUCACACAACGCAUUCACAGAUUUGCAACUCGAUUCAUAUGUUCUCCCUAACAGUCAUUUGGAAUCUCUUGACCUGAGUUACAACAGAAUCCAAGGACAGGUCCCAAUGCCAAACGUGUUGACAACAGUUACCAGUUUAGAACAAGUUUUGGAUUAUUCAAACAACAGAUUCACGUCUGUUAUGUUAAACUUCACUUUGUAUCUUAGACAAACUGUUUAUCUCAAGAUGUCCAACAACAACAUAACUGGCUAUAUACCACACUCUAUAUGCAAUUCAAGUAACCUCGAAGUCCUUGACCUAGCAAACAACAACUUCAGUGGCCUGGCUCCAUUUUGUCUGAUAGAAGACAGUCACUUAAGUAUAUUAAAUUUGAGGGGGAAUCACUUUGAGGGAGAGUUUCCUUACAAUAUUAAAAGUCAAUGCAAUCAUCAAACAAUAGAUAUAAAUGGAAAUAACAUUCAAGGGAAGUUGCCUAGGGCGCUUUCAAAAUGCACUUAUUUGGAGGUUCUUGACAUCGGAAACAAUCAAAUUGUUGAUAUUUUCCCAUCUUGGCUUGGGAGCCUUUCCAAUCUUCGCGUCCUUGUCUUGAGAUCCAAUCAGUUCUAUGGUGCACUAGAUGACCCUUACAGACGAGGAAAAUCCCAGGGACACUUCUCAAGGUUACAGAUCAUUGAUAUUGCCUCAAAUAACUUCUCUGGUGAUCUGAAUCCGCAAUGGUUCAAGAUGUUAGAAUCCAUGAUGGAAAAUAUCAACAACACAGGACAAAUCAUUGGACAUUAUGGAUACUCCUAUUACUACCAAGAUACAGUUGCACUAACAGUCAAGGGGCAAUACAUUACAUUUGAAAGGAUCUUGACUGCUCUAACCGCAAUUGACUUAUCAAAUAAUAAACUUGAUGGUACCAUUCCUGGGCUGGCUGGAAACCUUGUUUCACUACAUAUACUGAAUUUGUCACACAAUGCCUUCAAAGGAAAUAUUCCACCCCAAAUUGGAAAGAUGGGCCAGCUGGAAUCGCUAGACCUGUCCUGGAACCACCUCUCUGGGGAGAUACCGCAAGAACUAGCAAAUCUCACAUUUCUUGAAACCCUGGACUCGUCCAGCAACAAUUUGGAAGGAAGCAUACUACAGUCACGCCAAUUUGGAACAUUUGGAAACAGUUCAUUUGAAGGGAACAUAGGCCUUUGUGGGCCGCCCUUGAGCAGACAGUGUGGCAGUUCAACUCAGUCAAAUGAGGAGCAGGCAAACAUGCCCCAAGAUCAUGUCUGACUAUUUUCUAUGUUUAUUUGUUGGGAUGGGAUUCGGACUGGGAUUUGCGGCUGCUAUUCUUCUGAAACAUGUUCCACUUGACAAAUUCCACAUAAUUUUAAGCAUUCUGCGAAGGUGAUCUGGCAACUGAAGGGCUAUAUACAGUAUAUGUAGUAGUCAUAUGUAGAAUCACUAUAAAAAUUCAUAGUGUUUUGAGUUCCAGUAUGUUGCAAAUUAUCUAUAGCUUUCAUUGCUACUUAUUAAGUACUUCUGAUUUAGCACGCUCAUAUGCACCCUGUUUGAGCAUUGAGAUGUGAUUUCUUGUACUGAAAGAGUAAAUUGGUGAUGUACUACUUCUCCCCUGAACGCUAGCUGAGUAAUAAUAAUUGGAUA